UGUUGGUUGGCGUAGGCGCGCUUCGUGGUUCGCAGGAAGGUGAGGAGAGGCCUGAGGGAAGAGUCUAUGUUACGCCGAUGGGUGACGAGUACUCUUCCCGCCCCACCCAACUCUCCUCUUUAUUUAUUCUGUUCUCCUCAUCAUUCUCCUUGUAAUUUCUCUCCUUCGUCUCCGAAGCGCGACCGUCGUUUCUCGAUGGCCCACUCCCAUCGAAUCGCAGUCGUUGGAGAUGUUCAUGGCGAUUGGGACCUACAAGAAGAUGCAAAAGCCCUUCAGUUUUUGCAGACUGUUUCACCUAAUUGCAUGAUACUGCUCAAGCUAUAGCUGUCUAACGUGGCCUUCUAUGGAAAUGCAGGCUGAUUUGGUACUUUUUACAGGAGAUUUUGCUAAUGAGAAUGUUGAACUUGUUAGAAGCAUUGCUAAUCUUACGAUCCCAAAAGCAGCUAUUCUUGGGAACCAUGAUUGCUGGUAUACUCCGCAGUUCUCGGAAAAGAAGAAAGAUUCUGUUCAACUUCAGCUCGCAUGUCUCGGUGAACAGCAUGUUGGUUAUUGUCAUUUGGAUUUUCCCACGUUAAAGCUCAGCAUUGUUGGUGGACGCCCAUUUUCUUGUGGGGGAGAUCAGUUAUUUCGGAAAAGACUUCUUUCUGCAAGGUAUGGUGUCUCUGACAUGGUUGGAAGUGCAAAAAAAAUCUAUGAAGCUGCUCUAGGGAUACCGGAUGAUCAUUCCAUUAUAUUUCUUGCACAUAAUGGACCUACAGGACUGGGUUCUCAGAUAAAUGAUAUCUGCGGAAAAGACUGGGUGUUCGGAGGUGGUGAUCACGGUGAUCCAGAUCUAGCACAAGCAUUAUCUGACCUGAAAAAGAGCACCCGAUUAUCGAUCCCGUUGGUUGUUUUUGGCCAUAUGCAUAAAGAGUUGGCAUAUGGAAAUGGGCUUCGAAAAAUGAUUGUGGUUGGCGCUGAUAACACCGUCUAUCUGAAUGGAGCCAUCGUACCAAGGGUGAAACAUUCGAUUGGCGAACUAGGGACCAGCAGCAGAAGCUAUGGGAACAAUGAAGUCCCGUUUCAAGCAGAUGGGCCACAUGCUACCUUGCGAGCAUUCACCUUGAUCGAGAUGUCAGAUGGGAGGUUGGAAAAGAUAACAGAGUGUUGGGUUUCGGUUUCCGGAGAUAAGGUGGCAUUAGAAGAGGAGAACAUACUGUUUAACAGCUGUACCGGGCUUUCUUCAUGAUGGAAAAUACUGUAAAAGUUUUGAGGUCUUUCAUGCCAAGUCUUCUGUGAAUUGGUGUUGUAGCAUGUAGUGUCAUAAAUAACUUACGAAACUCAUUUUUGUAUUUUCUUCAAAUACACUUUGUUCAGCGAAAAGAAGAAAAAAAAAAAAAUGAUAUGUAUACGUAUUUCUGCAGUCUUCUUGAACUGCAGUUCACAUUUGAGUGGCUUUCUUCCAUGGAUGGCCCAUAGUUCAAAAACCAAAGCAAUCUGACCAUCUUAGGCCA